AUGUGGCUCGGAGGAAAAGGGGGCCGUCUUCCUCUCCGACCGCUCGAUGAAAAAAAAAAGAAAAGAAAAAAAAGAAAACGACCGAGCAGCACAAGGGCCGAGUGAUGCACGACGGCAGCGGGGAAACGCGGCUGUACAGGCGGAAAAACAGGACUGCUGGCACCGCCGAACAUGGAGUGUCGCCCCCUUUGCGGAAUAAACCCGGUGUACGCUGAUGUGGCCAGUCAGUGAGUUUGGAAAAAAAACCAAAAUAUUUGGCUUCUACUUUUUUUUUUGUCUUUUUUUUUCUUCAACCGUUAAAAAAAAAGAAACCCUCACAUCUGCAACGAUGCGGGCGGUGGACUGGAGACGAGCCGCUGCGGUUGUGCUCUGCCUCUUUGGAUGCCUCGUCUCCGGAGCCGACGCCAAAACGUCAGCGGAGGGCUCGGCCGCGGAAGAGGUGACUCUGAAGGUUCACCUGAGCGAUGCCAGCACCCACCAACCCCUGGGAGGAGCCACUGUGCAGCUCUUCACCAACCACACUCCUGUAACCACGGAAACCUCAACACCUGAUGGCAACGCCUACCUGCGCUUCCCCUACCGCCUUGGGACACAGUUGGUCGUCACCGCAACCAAACAAGGAUACGUGCCAAACUCUGUGCCCUGGACUCCCUCCAGAUUACCUGUAUUUUCCUCCAUCAGCCUGGACCUGCUACCAGAGAGAGCUGCUACUCUGAUGGUGUAUGAAGAUAUUGUGGAGAUUGUUUCUGGCUUACAAGGUCUCCGCCCUCAGCCACGUGUCGAUUUCCAGCGCGGAGCUCUGACGCUUCCCUCCAACAUCUCCUACGCCAACCUGACUGCUCUGCUCACCGUGGCCAGCUCCCCCUCGCACAUCCAAUACUUCCCUCACCUGCAGGUCCUCAGCGGCAACGGCACAGGGACAGAGGAGAGGUUUGAGUUGACUCCUGUGGCGGCCAUCUCUGUUCACUUAUUGGCCGGCGACGGAGUGGAGCUGCAAGUAAACGGGGCAAUCACAGUCUCCGUUCCCCUGCCGGCCAACAGUGGCCUGAAAGAAAAUGAUCACAUCCCCGCUUGGAGGUUUGACCCGCGCUUGGGUGCCUGGAUAAAGAGCAGUUGGUGUCACGUGCAGCGGGACGGCAACCGGCUCAGUCUGACCUACAUCGCUCCUCAGCUGGGGUAUUGGGUCGCCGCCAUGUCUCCAAUACACUCAGGUCCGGUGUUUGCAAAGGACAUCAGCAUGUACCACACCGUGUUCCUGUUGGCUAUACUGGGAGGCAUGGCCCUCAUCCUGCUCUGCCUGCUCUGCCUGCUGUUGUACUACUGCAGACGUCGUUGUUUGAAGCCUCGAGGGUCUCACCGCAAGCUCACACUUUCUUCUGGGUUAGACGGCAAUAGGAGGGACCAGGCCACCUCCAUGUCCCACAUGAACCUCAUCAGCGAGGUGCAGCUGGAACUUGUUUCUACGGCGACAGAGCCCGACAUGACCACGCCAAUGCUGAAUCCUUCCUCGUACGAGCACCAGGACAAUCAUCGGCAACACAGCCUGAUCCACCACGGCAAACACAGCCGCUCCUCUCUCGGUAACAGCCACCACGGCUCAUCCCUCGGCAACCUGACGCCUCGCAGCAGAGACUACCUGCACUCCGUGGAGACGUUCCAGCUGAAGCCUGCCCUCUCGUGCGGGACGGAGAGAGGCUGCCGCCAAUCCUACACCUCCGCCUGCUCGUCCAGCAAUCCCCUUUCCGUCAGCAGCAAUCCGGCGUCCGUCAACCACGUGGCCGCUACCCACAGAAGCGGCGUGGGGAUUGUUGAUUGCAUCUCCCCUUCCUCGCCUCCUCGUUCCCCCAGUAGAGCGGAGGGCUGUGAGUGCAGAGCGCCGGACUACCUGCUCUCCCGCUCCGUGGACCACCUGGAGCGCCCCAGUCCCCCGUUGCUCUCCCGGCCGGGCCAGCUGCUCUGCUGCGGCUCUGUGGACCUGCUGAGUGGAGGAGAUGGCUACCCGAGGGUGCGCCCUACGCUGGUGAUCCCGGCACACUACAUGCGCCUGCCCGGGGAGCACCCUCUGUCGGGCCAAGCCCUCCUGCUGCAGACGGAUCAGCAGAGCGACUUGGAGACCAUCCAGGCUGAGCUCAAUGCCUCUCACUCCCAACAGCCCCUGGGGCAAACUCCCACCGACUGCGCCCCAUGUCCCAGCAAGCCGGGUGAGGCAGAACGCCACGGCCUGUCGGAGUCUCUGUCCAUCCCGGCCGCGCUCGGGGAAACGGGUGGUCUGGUGGAGAUAAACAGUGAGGACACCUUGUGGGCCGAAAAGACUUUAAUGGAGCUAAGAGGAGGGAAGCCUCUGCCUCACCCCCGAGCCUGGUUUGUGUCCCUUGACGGACGUUCCAACGCUCACAUCCGCCACUCCUACAUCGACCUGCAGCGGGCUGGGUGCCACGGCAACACGCCAAACGGAGGCGGUCAGCAAGGCAGCGGUGGCGGGAGGCGCGGCGGGAGGCGCGGCCAAAGCAACGACGCCAGCCUGGACUCCGGUGUGGACCUGAAUGAGCCAAGAUUGGGCCGCCGGAGGAGAGACGGCGGGCGGGAGGAGAGAGAGGUCGACCGGUCAAAAGGGCCGGCACUAGCCACGGCCUACACUCAGCUGGUGUACGUGGACGAUCUGGAACGGGGAGGCAGCGAGGAGGAGGAGUCGCCGCAGUGCAGUCCCCAGGACAGUAAAGCAGGUCGCGUCCUGUCCCCCGAAGCCGAGGGUCAGAGAGGGGACCAGGGCCCGGGUGAUGUGGAGGGGCUACAAAUGCACGAGGAACCGCCCUCACUCUCCUCUUCAUCCCCCGCUUCUCCUCCUCCCCUGCCCACACCAGAGGGAGAGACGUUCAGGACUGGUCAUUCGCUGCUGUCGGUGUCUCCUGAUGACGAUGCAGCACAGGAGGAUGGAGAGGGGGAGAAGAAGAGUCCCUGGCAGAGGAGAGAGGAGCGACCCCUGCUGUCCUUCAACAUAAAAUGAUCCACAGAGGACCACUUCAAGGAUGGGACCUCCAUCUUUUCUUAAUAGAAAUACUCACAUGCCCUCAUGCAAACAAAGUAUUUUUGGUCGCUGUAAUUGUUCCUCCUGUAAAUACGGGCCCUUCUCUAACAAAUCUAGUCAUUAUUCUUUGUUCCAAUUCAGGCUUAGAGGCUUUAGCAGUUAAGUCAGAAUCAAAAGAAUUACCAUAUUUUUGAAUGGACAGAGGGCUUAAUACUGAAAGGAUUCCAGCUACAACAAUAAAGGCAGAAAACUACCUAAAACCCUAAAACUAAAACCGAUGGACUCUUGGGUCAAAAUCUUACUUUAAAUUGAACAAUAGUAACAUACUUUUAUAAUGUCAUAGCACAAUGUAUGUGUUUAUUGCUAAAGAUGUUCCUUUAACUCCAGAACUAGCUUGGGAAUCGUCUUUUUUUUAAACAUUUUCUUCAGUAUCAAAAUAUUUGAUAGUACUGUUGUCCGUUCAUGCACGAUACACUGCAGAGGACAAAAAAAGGAGGACUAUAUUUAAAUACAUCUAUUGAUAAGAAAUUGCAGUUGAAAUUGCUGCAGUUGUAGACAGAAGGAACCAUUACAGGUACUAACAUUUUUGGAGAUCUGGGCAUGUCCGAUUUGUUUUAGAUCUUGUCCUUUAUCCAUGAUGCCCCCCCCCACCCUGCUGCCUAGGUGAUAACGUGAAGGAUAAAACCAUUUAAAUAGACUUUUUUUUAUUUUAUUCUUUUUUUAAAUGGAGCACUGAGACAACACUUCAGCACUGGGAUCUUUUUCUAGUUCAGAGUACGACGGGACGAUUCCGAUCAGUCAUGAACAUCAGCGAACAAAAUGACCACCGUUGUGCUCCACGCCGCCAUCCUCACGACGCUUUACAUGAACGGACCACUCCUCAGGAAAAAUGUACAAAUUACCUGAAGGAGACGAAUGGACGUUGAGGGCAAGAGAUUUUAAUAUUUUAUGCACAACAAAUGUAUGCCUUUUUUUAUAUAUAUAUAUAUAUAUAACCUUGUAAUCAUAGAGGAACUAUUGUAGAAACGGAUGGGUGGUUCUCGCAAAUCACAAACUACAGGAACCCUUUUUCUCGAGCCAUAUUGGCCUGAGUCUUCUGACCGUAAAGAACACACUAAACCCUAAUUGUUACGGUUGUGGAGCAGCUGUGAAAAAUACAGCAAGGGAUUUUUCGCUUUU